AUGUAUGGGUCUUUUCUUAUCCUCCUCACCGAUCCGUCAAACAUGAAGAAACCCAACAGUUUCUUACAGUAUCUUAUCAGAUUCUUCAAAUCCCUCUCAAAGAAAGAUUCACAGAAAGAAGAUGACAUAGCAGCCGAGGAACAAAUCCAAUUCUCUCUACAAACCCUUAUCGCAGCAACCCGAGAUUUUCAUUCUGAUCAUAAGCUGGGGGAGGGCGGAUUCGGACCUGUCUACAAGGGGAAAUUGCGUGAUGGAAGAGAGAUAGCAGUAAAGAAGCUAUCGCAGAGAUCGAAUCAGGGGAAGAGGGAAUUCAUGAACGAGGCUACGCUGUUAGCGACGGUGCAGCACAGGAACGUUGUGAACCUUUUGGGUUACUGCGCUCAGGGCGAAGAGAAGCUUCUGGUCUACGAAUACGUCUCUAAUGAGAGCUUGGACAAAAUUCUCUUCAGGAAAACGGCGGAAUUGGAUUGGAAGAAAAGGUAUGAAGUGAUAGCAGGGGUGGCACGUGGACUGCUUUACCUUCAUGAGGAUUCACACAGUGUGAUAAUACACAGGGACAUCAAAGCCAGCAACAUUUUAUUGGACGACAAGUGGUGCCCUAAGAUCGCUGAUUUUGGCAUGGCCCGCCUUUUCCCCGAGUCUGCAACAAAGACCCACGUCAACACCCGUAUCGCUGGCACCAAUGGGUACAUGGCACCGGAGUACGCAAUGCACGGUCAAUUAUCGGUGAAGGCGGACGUGUUCAGUUAUGGUGUUGUGGUACUGGAACUCAUCAGUGGCCAGAAGAACUACACAUUCAACCUCGACCCUGCUUGCCAGAACCUACUUGAAUGGGUGUGGAAGCUUUACAAGAAAGGUCGGAGCUUGGAGAUCAUGGAUCCGGCACUAGCAUCCAGUGCAAUCACUGAACAAGUUGCAAAGUGCAUACAAAUUGGGUUACUAUGCACACAAGCUGACCCAAAGUUACGACCAACAAUGCGUCGAGUGGUUGUGAUGCUAUCAAAGAGGGCUGGGACUCUAGACGAGCCAACCAGACCAGGCUAUCCCCGGUCUAGAAAUGGAAGAACUCCGAGAACCCAUGCCGCCGGUUCUUCUAGUGCCGGUGGUUCGUCUAGAUCUUCCUCUUCUCAGUCAUUCCCAACGACCACAACAACUAAUACAGCUACCACAUCUACUCUCACCAGCCCAAGACCACAUUCUUAUGGGAAGCGUCCCAUGCAAGGAUAGUUCUAGGAGUGUCAAUUUCCAAUCCGAACCGGUUAGAGUCGAAUUCUUAUCGGUUUGGUUUCAUUAUGGGUUUUAUGAAACUGGUAUAAACUGAAAUCAAAUCUGAC